AAGAAAUGCAAUAUAUUAAUAUUCACAGUUUCUACUCUGUAUUAGAAUGAUAUAUGGUCAAUUUAAUGUUAUAGCUGUCACGAAUUUUAAAUGUUAAUAUGCAUAGAAUCUGGAUAUAUUAAAAAAUAUGAAAAUAAUUAAAGUAUGAAGUAAAAUAUGAAAUUAAUUUUAUUAAAAAGAAACAAAAAUUCUCGAAAAUUUAAAAAACAAUAUGGUCACAUAACUAUGUCACAAUCACAAUGAAAACCUACUGAAUAACUUUAUGUCUGUCUUAUUUGUAAGGAAUAUUGCUAAGUAUAUCGUCAGAAAUGUCCAAAUUUCUAUUUAAAUCAAUUAGAUUGUUUUUAAUUAAGAAUAACAGUAACGUAAAUCAGUAUGUUCAAAAUUUUAGCAAAAGUUUUAUGGAUGAUGCAGACAGGAAGGAAAAGAAAAGAAAGACUCAAAGGAUUCCCAAAAUUACACUUAUACAUACAGAUAAAUCUAUUUCUGUUAUUUCAUUAGAGGACGCAGAAAAAUUAGCUAAAAGGCGAAAUCUUGAGUUAAUACAUGUAUCAAAUACAUCUAAAAGUGGUAGAAGUGUUUAUGAACUUGAACAUUUUUCAAAGAUUGGCAAGAUUACAAGCGAUGUAGCAGAAACACAUAAAAAUGGACAGAAGAUAAAGUCUGCUAAGCUAUUUACUAUAAAACAGAAUAUUACGAAUUAUGAUUUAAAUAUAAAAAUUAAUAAUAUUAACAAAACGUUAAAAAGAAAUUAUAAGGCUAAAAUACUUUUUUCCCACUCUAAGGGGCUUCAAGAAGAGGUGAUAGAAGAAGUGAAACAAAAGAUACAGGGAAUUAUCUUAGAAACACAGAAGAGAAAAGAUGAUACUAUACUUGUAUAUACUCCUUUAUUAAAAGAUGGAAAUAUUUCUUCAAAUGAAGAUGUUAAUGAUAAGUAAUGUACUGAAAAAGUGGGAAAAUUAAUAAAAUCCUUCAUAAUUUUAUAUGACAGUAUAUUCUAAUAAAUGAUAAAUUAAAAAUUAUUGUAUCAUAUAUGGAUUUGUCUUGUAAAAUUGUGUAACAUAAAUGAAUACUAUGUACAUAGGACAAGUUAAAAUAUAUAAUAUAGUAAUUCUCAAUUAUGCAGUUCAAAGUAUUGGACAACAAAAUGGACAAUAAUUUUAUGUAUAGAAUUAGAAUAUUUUACAUCUUUAAUACUAAAAUGAGAUUCAAAACUACUGAUUUUCAAAUCAAAAUGGUUUCUUACAUAUAUAUAUAUUACACUAUAUAUUAUAUAUAUAGUAAAACAUACUGUAACAGUACUUAACUAUUCAAUAAAAUAAAAUAUUAUGCUUAUAGUAAAAUGUAUUAUUAACAUCAAUUAUACUGCCUAAGAAACCAGAACUUUCUCGAAUUUAGGAUAUUUAUUAAGUGAUCCUUUUAGAUUAUACAGAGAGUCUCAUUUCAAAUACGAAUCCAGAAGAAGAAGAAAGCGGGAUUGUUUUGUCACUUUCAGUAUUUUAAGAACACGAGUUUUUGCAAGAAUUUGAUUAAAAGUGAUGAAAACUAUAUCGAUAUCUUAUCUCACUUAUAUUAAUAUCAUAUCGAUAUAAAAGUUAUUAAAUUUAGUAGUUUUAAAUGAUUGGGUAUUAUCAUUGAACUUUAGGAAGAUAUACACGGUAUUUUGCCGCCAAACGGCUAUUGCUUGCCUAACUCGUCGAUAUCGCAGCUAUAUGUAAUCGUAUCGGUACAUAAUAUUGUCUGAGAAGUUCUUUAUAAUUUUGCUAUUAUAUAGUGUCUAAGAAUACAUACAUAUAUGAAAAAAAUCGAACAUUUUGCGUAUAAAAAGUGAAUUCAUCGGAUCGCAUGAGCAAUGGCGCCAUGGGGCGGAAAAUCGUGUGUUUCGUCGCAACAAAAACUUGCACUUUU